UGUGUGUGUGUGACAGAGGAACAGAGAACAUAGAAAUAUAGCAAACAGAAGCCCAGAUGCUUUACUGUGUCUGUCAAUUCUACAUGGACUUUUGAAUGGGAUUUAUAAACUGAUUGAUCAUAGGAUUCAUAUCUCAGCGAUGGAGACGCUGUUUGCCAGAGCUCUUUAUGACAACACAGCCGAAACCGAGGAUGAACUGCCCUUUCGCAAGGGUGACAUCAUCGUGGUGCUGGAGAAGAACGUGGCGGGGAUCCUUGGCUGGUGGAAGUGUGCUCUUCAUGGACGUCAGGGCCUGGCACCAGCGAACCGCCUGGCUCCACUUUCCCCAGCAGAAGCUGAGAAACUUUGUAUGAACUUGGGUACAGAGAGCAACCUCUGCCAUCAGAACAUCUAUCAGAUUCCAAAAGCCACCAGGCCAGUAGUGAUUCCGAUCUAUGAAGAAAUGAGUACAAUACAUAAAGUGCCCCCUCAAGCUGCCUCUUCACAAGAGGAUCUAGAAGGAACCAGAUCUCAUGACGCUUUAACAGUCAGAGGUGGUACAGAAAUAUAUGAUGUCCCAAGCCUGCCAUCUACAGUGAUGUCAAACACAGACUUUCAUAAUAGAUAUGAAGUGCUGCAAAGUGCGAGAUGUAUGACUGCAACCAAGACAAAAGUCAAUGCAUUACCCCCAAUGACUUCCCAAGACCUCAAUUAUGACAUCCCAGCACCCCCUAUCAGUGAAGGUAUUAUAAAAUGUGGUUAUAGUACCAUGCCGAAACCCUGCAAGUCUGAAUGGAUAUAUGACGUGCCUGUUUUCCCCCAAAAACAAGGAUGUGAACCUUGUGAGCCUAACUAUGUCACCAUGCCACCCAAAACUAUGAAUUCAAACAUGCUGCUUUAUGACACUUUGCCAAAUCACAGCUUGCCUGAAAACAGGCACAGCCCUAUCCAGCCCCUCUAUGACAUCCCUAAACCGAGCAAAGCAGUGGUGCAGUCUUGUACAGAUACUGGGAAUGCAACAAAUUCAUACAUCUAUAAUGUCCCACCUUGCCUUAAACAAACAGAGAGCCCUGUAGUGUUACUCAGAAAGCAAAAGUCCCAUGAAUCUCUUGAGUAUAGUGCUAAACCUGGACCCAUGUUUGACCGUUGCCCCUUGAGGGGCAGAACAACGUCCAGGCAGCCAGUGGAAGAGACGAUAAGAAGGGAUGAUGAGGACAACAAAGACCACCAGAGGAGCUCAACAGUGUCCACCUCCUCCACAGCUUCCAGUUCUUCCAGGAGCUCAUGCGACUCUUUCAUGCUGAGUUCUCCUGAACCUGAGCCCUUGCGUGAGGUCACACUUUCACAGGAGGAAGCCAGCAACAGGUUGCUUGAGCUGCAAGAAGCAGUGUGCCAAUCUGUGCCAAAGCUUAUGCUCUUCGUCAGCAGCCAUUGGAGAACCAAAGAGCAUCUCAGUCAGCACCUCCAUCAGAUCCACAUGGCCAUUGAAAACGUGACUGACUCUGUCACCUGCUUUCUGAACUUCGCCUUGGAUGUCAAAGGUAAUGCACAGCGGCUGACAGACUUCAACCUGCGGACCAGGCUUCUGAAGCAGCUCUCCAUUGUUGAAGACUCAGGCUUGAUCCUUCAGCAGGCUACAAGGACUCUGCGAGAUCUGGGCUGGCUGCUAGAUAAGCUAGCUCAGGAUGACAGCCAGUCACAGACGCCUGACCACCUGGAGCGCUUUGUUAUGGUGGCUCGAACCAUACCAGAGGAUGUGAAGAGGCUGGUAUCCAUCCUCAAUGCAAAUGGAAAGCUUCUAUUCAGAGUCCCGGCUAAGGAACCAGAAGUAGUGGAGAAUAUAGGCCCAUCUGAAAGAAAAAGUCACAGCAAAAGUGAACCAAUGGUAGACUCGGGCAUAGAUGAAAGUGACUAUGUACAACUUCAGACAAAGACAGAGUACGACCAACAACCAAAGCCAGCAAAAAGCAGUUUUAAAUCAAAGAAGAAUGGUGAUACCUUAAAGAAACAGGUUUCCAAACCACAGUCCAUUAACCCCUGCAGUCCACUCCCGACCUCCAUCUCUGACCACUGCCGGCUGUAUUUUGGAGCUAUUCAGAAGGCCAUCAGUGUGUUUAUAAGUAGCCUGAAUGAUGGACAGCCCCCUGAAACGUUCAUCUCCCACAGCAAGCUGGUCAUCAUGGUGGGCCAAAGACUCGUGAACACUCUGUGUAAUGAAGCUAAAAAUCAAGAGGCCAGCAGGGAUAUGUUGUCUAUGAGCAAUCAGCUGUGUGCCCAUCUCAAGCAACUGGCCAUAGUGACCAAGAAGGCAGCUUUGAACUUCCCCGACAAACUAGCUCUCCAGGAGGUGCAGGACAUUGCCAAAGAGCUGGCUCAAAGGGCACAAAACUUCAGAAUGUCACUGGACAUCUGAGCAGAAGUUUGCCAUCUGUUUGCCCAGUUUAUUGUGUGGAGGUGGUGUGGUGAAGACAACAUGGUAUCUGUGAAAUAUCUCAAUUUGUGUGAUUUGUAUGAGUCUAAACUAGCCACCCUUAAUACAAGCUCCUUUUUUGUUCAACCUGUUAGUCUGGAUGAGGAGGCAGUGUUAAAUGUAACACUGGAAAAACUUUUAAUUAUAACCUCAAUUACAACAGUAUGCUGAUGCAAGAAUAAAAGCUUUUGUUCAAAUACCAGUUAAAGGUGUUUACAUAUAGAUAUUAAAAUUAUCUUGCAAUCAGGUUUGGCUGUCACAGUUAAAAUAUGUAUAUAACCCGUUAAAAGAACAUUUUUUGAAGUGUUUGCAUGGAAUUACUGUACGUCGUUGUGGGGUUAUUAAGCAAUCACUGUGACACUGUGCAUGUAAACACAUGAAGACAAAGCAGAAAAUGUGCUAGUUGUUGUGCAGAUGUUAAAGUGACAGUUCACCCAAAAAUGGAAAUUCUGUCAUAGAAUGUACAUUUUUGGAUAAACUGCUCUUUUUAAAAGCAGCAAUACAGCAACAGUCUUAAACGUGAUCUUGGCAUCUAUUAGUCGUAUUCUUUGUAAUGUUGUCAUUCUGCCAAACCUCAGACUUUAAAUGAAAAAUUGCACUUUUAUAAUGCUCAACACUGUAUGAAGAUUUUUGGUCAUAAUAUAUAGACAAAAUGUAUGUAGAUGACUAUAUUAUGUUUUUGAAAAGUCAGUGUUUGAGCAAAAUGUUAAUAUUCCCUCAAUACAAUUAAUGGAUUUUUUUUUUUUUUGUAUAAUUUGUCAGUGUUCUAGUUUUCAACAUUCACACACUGUUUUUUUUUUUUUUUUUUUUUUUUACAAAUAAUUAUUUCUGUAAAAAAUAUUUCUUCUAGACACAAAUAAAAU